UUCGAAUGACGUUUUCAUGUUGUUUUGGCAGAUGACAUGUUUUGAUAAAAGGGCUAAAUGUAAUUUAUUGUUGAAACUUUAUGUUUAUUUAACGUGAUCCACCAGUUUUUAUACGAUCGGCGACAUGGCAUCACAAGGGAACGCCGCGAGUGACGUGGAUAUACUCAAAAAUGAAAUUGAACGACUCAACAGAGAACUGGACCAGGCCAGCAGCGAAAAGAUACAAUCCGCACAGUACGGUCUGGUUCUUCUCGAGGAGAAAAAGGAAUUAGAACUAAAAUGCUUUGAACUGGAGACCCUUUAUGAAAAUGCCAAACAUGAACUCAACAUUACACAAGAGGCCCUUACAAAAUUUCAAUCUAGUCACAAGGUAACUACAAAAACUGGGAUAGAAACAGAAGAAACACUUCUAUCCGAAUCGGCAGCUAGAGAAAAUUCUUUAAACUAUCAAAUAAUUGAUUUGGAAGGUGAAGUGAAACAGCUACGUCAUGAACUUGAAAGAGUUACAGCUGAACGCGAUCGAAUGCUGCAAGAAAACUCUGACAUGGGUAAAGACAAAGAAGACAGAGGGAUGGAAUGCAAAAAGUUACGGGCGGAGUUACGGGAGAUUAAAUUCAGGGAAAAUAGACUGAUCACCGACUACUCGGAACUGGAAGAGGAAAACAUCAGUUUACAGAAACAAGUUUCAGUACUGAAGAGUAGCCAGGUGGAAUUUGAAAGUUUGAAACAUGAAAUCAGAAGACUGCACGAAGAGAUGGACCUUUUAAAUAUUCAAGUUGAUGAGCUCACCAAUUUGAAGAAGAUCGCCGAGAAACACAUGGAAGAAGCGCUGGAGUCGCUCCAAAGCGAAAGGGAAGCAAAAUAUGCCCUUAAAAAGGAACUGGACCAACAAAUUAACCGCGAAUCUUUUUACAACAUUAACAAUCUAGCUUAUAGCAUCCAUACCGGAAUAGCGGACGAUGCGAAUCUGGGCAGCGAUUGCGAUGACGAUCUUCCAGGCCUGAAACGUAUCGAAGACAGUCUGAGCAAGGCGGCCGAGCUUUCGUCUCCCGACGAUAAGCACGUCGAUCUCUUCUCGGAGGUUCACCUUAAUGAGUUGAAAAAAUUGGAGAAGCAGCUGGAACUGUUGGAGAAGGAGAAGUCCACGCUGACGCAGAACCUUAGGGACAACCAGAACCUGGUCGAGAAAAGUCAAGGGGAAUUACAGGUGUUCCUGGCGAGACUUACUCAACUGGCAGCUCAUGUAGAUUCAUUGCAUCAUUUAUCGCAGACCACUAACAAAAAUCUGGCGAAACCGGCCACGGAAUCAGCUAAAAUUGUCGAUCAAUAUCAACAGUGGUUUAAGAUGUCCUGCAAGGAAAUCGAUCAGCUCAAGCAGGACAUUAAGGAGCUGGAAAAAUUGACGAACAUUUCCGACGCUACUUUGCAACUGCGUAAUGAGAUAACAAAUCUGAAAAACAAGCUUUUGGAUGCGGAACAGAAGAGCAUGGACUUAGAUGGUGAUUUGAAGCUGCUAAGGGCAUUUGCAAGCGAUGCUGGUACUUCCUUGGAUGAAACCCAGAAUAAUCUCCAAACAGUUACAGAGGAAUUGGCACAGCUGUAUCACCUGGUGUGCACAGUCAAUGGCCAGACACCUAGCAGGGUUGUGCUUGACCAUGAAAAGGAGGGAAUGACCCCUAUCACAGAAACUGCUCCUCCAAUCAAUGAAAUGAAUAAGAUUGAAACUCUUAGAAACAGAUUGAAGAGUGAUAUUCCUCUACAUGAUUUGGAAUCUCUUAAUGACACAGCAGUUAUGGCAAGAAAUGUUUGCACAGUUGUUGAUCAAGUUAAGCAUCUCAGGACUGCCAUUGAAAACACUAUCGAACUGUCUAAGCUUAAGAGCGAAAAAACAGAUAGAUCAUAUGAAUCUAAUCGUGACGACAAUGCUGAUAACGAACUUGCUGAAUUGCAAGUGAUCAAACUGAAGAGCCUUUUGUCCACUAAGCGGGAGCAAAUAGCAACACUUAGAACCGUCCUCAAAUCGAACAAAAACACUGCUGAAGUAGCUCUGACCAAUCUGAAAGGCAAAUACGAAAGCGAGAAGGCCAUCGUAUCGGAGACGAUGAUGAAACUCCGCAAUGAGUUGAGACUGCUCAAAGAAGACGCAGCUACAUUCUCCAGUUUGCGAGCGAUGUUUGCCGCACGCUGCGAAGAAUACGUGACCCAAGUGGAUGAGCUGCAACAGCAGCUCAACGCUGCGGAGGAAGAGAAGAAGACGUUGAACCAGUUGCUGCGGCUGGCCGUCCAGCAAAAGCUGUCGUUGACGCAGCGGCUCGAGGACCUCGAGAUCGAUCGCGAUAUCAGGAAUGCUCGCCGACCGAACAAUCGCAAUCAGCGACCUGGCCGGUCAGGCCGCGAGGUAUUCUAGCCUAGGUCGAGGCCCGUUGUUUACGCCAUCGCAUUCAUCACGACCUUUUUCAAACUGUAGCCUAAACAACGCGGGAAAUUUCGGUGGAAGGGGAGGACGAACCGCAGGUCGGUCCGGUGACCAUUUUGACUAGGUUCGAUUUUAGUUCUAUCUACUUUGAUUAGGACCAAACGGGUUUGUGAUUUUUAAAAUUCUUUUUCUUUUAGGUUUUUCUUUGCUAUGAAAAAUUCGUUCCUAUAUAGUUUUUUCUAAACUCAGUAUUUUGAUUCAAAAUUUUUUUUAAUAGUUUAUUACUAAUAGACUUCAAUAUAUAGUUUAUAUUGCAAACAUUUUAAAGUCUUUCAGAUUUAUAUUGAAAUUCAAUUAAUAUUUUAUUUUAAAUUUAUUUUAUAUUUUAAACAUAUUACUCACUAUUUACACUUAUUUAUUUAUAUAUUUAUUGUAUAUUGAACAUCUUUUAAAUGUUUAAUAUAAUAUUCGUAUUUCUUCCUGUGUUACACAAAGAAAUUGCUAAUCAAAGUGUCUAGCUAGAAAAGUUUAUCUUAUAUUAUUUUAAUUGACUUGUUUUUAUUAUUGUUACACUAUUAUUUUUUAUAUUUAUUUGCUCACUCUAUGUGCAAUUUUCGUUAACAUGGUCACUCGAAAAGAUAAAGGCUUCCAAUUAUUUAAUAAUAUAUUUUAGCACAUGCUUUUUUUACUAAUAAUUGUUAAAAUUAUUUUAUAAUUGUAGAAGACAUAGCUAAUACGUAGACGUAGCUCUUAGUGAUAUUUAUUUUAUAUUGUAGUUUUUAUAAAAAAAUUGUGUUAAUCUGUUGAUUGUUAAUUAAAUAACAGCGUCAUCGGUUCAGGUGGAAUUGUUAUUCUGUUAUCGUCAUUGGAGUCACUGCUGAAAAGUAAAUUUUAUACUUUGUUUAUCAUAAGUUAUGGCCAAAGUGCGAUUUACUUAAAUCAAAUAUAGUAUUAUUUAUAAAUGUUACUUAUAUCUGAUUAAUUUUUUAUGUAUGUAUAAUUUUAUAUUUAUUUCUAUUAUGAAUUAUUCGACUUUAUUGAUUUUAUUGAAACAAAACUUGUUUUGUUACAAUAACAUACAUAUGUAUGAGAUGUUUUUUAACUUUAUUAUUUAUUCUAUUACCCAGUAAUUCUCAAAUUUAAUAAUGAGGGUAUAUAGAUAAUUAUAUAAAAUACAUAACAUUAGGUAUGUUAUUUAACUGUGGUACUAAUGUAAUUGUUAAAAAAAUAAGAAUAACCUAUUCUAGAUUAAGAGAUAUCAGUUUUAUUUUAAAUAUCUCGUGUAGUUUUAACCAUUGUUUUUUAAAAGUUUUAAAUUUAUAUUUGUCCAAAGCAGUGCUCAUAUUUUGCUCCUAUGAAUUCGAACAAGUUUUCAACUUGUUUGUUGGGCACAUGUGGUUUAAAUAAAUCAUUAAAUUACAAAAUGAAACUGAUAUUCAUAUUUGUGAUCAAUAUCAUAUUCGUCUUUUUUCCGUUGGUUCGAAGUCCAUACACAUUGACAUUUGGUGAUUAUUUGUCCUAUUUCCGAGCCUAUGGACCACGGAAAUGCCCGUCCCUAUAUUAUAAUAAAUCCAUAUUCUUUGAAAAUGCGCAUUUAAUUUUAUAUUGACCAUCAAAACAAUAUCAUUGCAGUGUCUAUUCUGCGCUCAUUGUAAGAAAAGUUUAACAUUGUUAUAAUCAAUUUCUUCAUCAUAUUUGCAUAAAUGUGGUUAAUGUUACUUAAUUGUACCUAAUAUUUUUAAUAAAAUUAUUACUUUAAAUAA